AUGUCUGGUAACCAGGGGUACUCUUACAAGGGCUCCGGCACCAACAGCCAGGGCAACCACUACUGCUCCCGCGAUUACGGCAGCAGUGCCUCGAACCAGAACUCAUAUCACUACUCCAACUCCAACGGAUCGUACUACUACUCCAACCCCAACGGCAGCACUUACUACAACGACGGCCAGGGCGGCUCGACUUACACCUCUUCUAGCGGCAACCAGACCUCGUCUGGCUACGGCAACUCCGCCAGCUCUGGGAAGAAGUGA